AUCUAUUGAUCAUGAUUGUCAUUAUAGAGAUAUGUCGCGGGGUGGUGGGCGGGGCCGGAAAAAAUGGCGCUCGGACAAUGGAUUCGAGGCCUGGGGCGGGUAUAUGGCGGCCAAGAUCGCCAAAUUGGAAGGUCAAUUUUCGACUGAUGCUCAAAACGAGGACGACGGAGAUGAAAAGGGCCUCUUUCACGGGAUCGCCAUCUUUGUCAAUGGGUACACGAGCCCAUCGGCUGAUCAGUUGAAGCGGAUCAUGAUGAUGAAUGGCGGCACAUUCCACCACUACUUCAACGCUAAGAAAACCACACACAUCAUUGCCACCAAUUUACCCGACACCAAGGUCAAAAACUUGAAAGGCAACGAGCCCAUUUGUCAUCCCCGUUGGAUAAGUGAAAGUUUGCAAGCCGGUAAAGUCUUGGAUUACCGAAAGUACUUGCUUUAUUCGGCUCAAACCACCACGCAACCCAAGCUAAACUUUCCAAGCUCCACUGCCAAUCCUCCUCCCAAGCCUAUUGAGCCCGAGAAGCCGCAUGACUUGCCAAUGGGGCCCGCAGAGCCUGUUGAUACUGAUGGAAUGAGCAGCAGCUCACCCCUUCGGCAAAAUCAAGUUGACCCGGAGGUUUCGGGUUCAAGUAAAGCUUUGAACGCGACAGAUUCACGGUUUUUGGGCGAGUUCUACAAUAAUUCGAGAUUGCAUCACAUCUCAACCAUGGGAGCCAAUUUCAAACGCUACGUCAACGAGUUGCGGGAUAAACACGACGGGAAUUUCCCGGAUCGACACCUUCUUCCGGUCAGUCCGGACUUCAAACCCGGCUCAGAUCCGGUUUUCAUGCAUAUCGACAUGGAUUGUUUUUUCGUGUCCGUGGGAUUGCGUCAGAGACCGGAUCUGCUUGGUAAACCCGUUGCCGUGGCGCACGCUAAAGGAGCCAAAAGCAUUGAUGAGAACACGGCCAAGAUCCGCAAGACCGAGAGGAGCUACUACCAAAACCAUUUCGCUGGUUUGCCUCAGAAUCGAUCAAAAGAGAUCGAGACCACGGCUGAGGAUCUGGUGGAGUUCUCCAGUAUGAGUGAAUUAGCAUCCGUGAGUUACGAGGCUCGUGAGUUUGGUGUGAAAAAUGGGAUGUUCCUGGGUCCGGCUUUGGCCUUAUGCCCGAAUCUGAAGACCAUUCCCUAUGACUUUGAAGGCUAUAACCAGGUGGCUUACACUCUUUAUGAUACUGUGGCCAAGUACACUUUAGAUAUCCAAGCCGUGAGUUGCGAUGAAAUGUUAGUUGAUAUCACUGAGGUCAUAAGCUCGUGUCGAAUUGAUCCCCUUGAUUUCGCUCAAGAGGUUCGGACCCAGAUCCAAAACGCCACCCAAUGCCACGCCUCCGUUGGUCUAGGACCCAAUCUCUUACUGGCCAGAAUGGCCACUCGACAAGCCAAACCCAAUGGGAAGUUUCAUCUGUCUAAAGAGGAUUCAUGGGAGUUCAUGAAAUCCAUUCCGGUGCGGGACCUACCCGGCGUUGGUCGGAAAAUGAAGUACAAAAUGCAAGACUUGAAUGUGGCCACGUGUGGGGACCUCCAAUCGCUGAGUCUGUCCAAGCUUCAAAAGGAGUUUGGUGCCAAAACCGGGCAGUCCUUGCACAAUUUCUGUCGUGGACUCGACGAUCGCGAGUUAAACGUGGCGCAGGAGCGCAAAUCUGUUUCGGCUGAAGUGAACUAUGGGAUCCGAUUCAAGUCUCAAGAGGAUUGUUCCAAAUUCCUCGAGCAAUUAUCCGGGGAGGUGGCUCAACGCCUGGAAAAACUAGGCGUCCGUGGGAAAACGGUAACUCUGAAGUUGAUGAUCCGAUCCGCAAAGGCUCCAGAGGUAACCUCGAAAUUCAUGGGACACGGGAUCUGUGAUAGUGUGGCGAAAACCUCGACUUUGUCCACGUGCACCAACGAUAAGAAGAUCAUCUUUCGGGAGGUGUCCAUGUUAUGUCGCCAACUCACGGAUAAGUUCGAGGAUCUCCGUGGACUGGGCGUUCAAAUCGGGAAGUUGGACGGUAACACAACCGGGAUCAACCCGGGCAAGCCCGGUCAAGCCAAAACGGGGACCAAAUCUAUCCUAAAUUUUGUCCAAAAGGUCGAUGUCCCGAAAGUCAUUCCCCUGAGAAAUCCUCCUCUUCCUCCUCCUCCUCCUCCACCUCCCGUUCCUCUCCUUUCUUCAUCUAAUUCUUCAAUUGAUCCGUGUACCUCUUUCUCUCAAAUCGACAUGGAUGUUUACGAAUCUUUGCCCGAGGAUAUCAAACAAGAGUUGGAGUCCUUGAAAAGCACCAAAUCAGGUCAACCCAAAAUCCUCGAAUCGAAUCCGAGUUUGCCUCAUUCGAAUCCCAAGCAAUCGAGCGAUAUCAUGACCUUCUCUCAAUUAGAUCCCGAGUUCUUGGCGGCCCUCCCGGAAGAAAUGGUGGACGAAUUGCGAGAACAAUACUCCCGAUCAUCCUUGCCAGCUCCAGAAACGGCCUUCGAUAUGAUCAUGAAGCCCAAGGCUGCGCCCACUACUCCCGUGAAAACCCCGCCCAAAAAGCGAGGUAGACCGCCCAAGAACUCGCCGAGAUUCAUCAAGCGAUCUCGAAAUUCAAAUCCUGCGAUAACUCCACCGAAAAUUAGCAAAGAUGUUCAAAUCGAAGGUGACAGUUCAAGAGAUGCUCCAAUGGAAGAAGAAGUUGUUAUUCCUGAAAAAACACAGGCAAAUUUGGAAGGCUUUCGAGACAUGGCCGAUCUGAGGACGGUCCUAGGUCAAUGGUUGACCACGGAUAUUCCAACCCCCGAUGAUACAAGUACAGUGGCCGCAUUCUUUCAAGAGCUGAUUGACGAAAAAGAUCUGGAAAAGGUUUCGUUUCUGUUAAAGCUGAUCCAUCGUCUGACUCGAUCUAAAAGCGGAGAUUGGAAAAGGGCCUAUACAUUGAUAGUAGAAAAGGUCCAGAUGACCAUGAUCGAGCAUUAUGGGUAUCAAUUAUCAACCAACAACGGUGAUUAAAUAGAUACAAAUAAGGUUGCUUUAAUCAUUCGAUGGUAUUAAGAUUUAGAAAGAGAGGCAUAAACCUUUAUUAAUUUGUCUUUAUUUCUGAAUAACAAACGUGAUAAAUACAAAACCGCACCAUAACAAAAUACGAUUCAUUGUGACUUUCAAGGGUUGUGCCAAAUGCGAUAAUUCAGAGCUCUAAGCCAUCAGACUUUGUCAGAAUUCGCUUUCAAAAUAUCUAAAGGCCUCAUUUCUCAUUCAAAGUCCAUGGGGAACUCUUUAAAAAAAAAACCAAGAUUCGUCACCGUCUGGUAAUGUGCUCACAACCGUUUUCCCCAAUCACUUGGUGUGCCUCUUGGCGAUUUUCCAAGCUCCCAAUCGAUACCGAAGCCACAAGGCAAACAAAUCGUAAAACAUUUGCACCGAAGCCGAAAUGGGAUCCAACUUGGACCCGUCAAUCUCGGUCCAUCUCACCGGGACCUCUGCCGUGGGAAUCUUCAACAUCUCGGCAAUCUUGAGCAACUCCACGUCAAAAGCCCAUCGCUCGAUGUGCAGCGAGCGGAACAGAUCACAAGCCGUACUGCGGGUCAUCAGCUUGAAGCCGCAUUGCGUGUCCUUGAUGGACUGACAGCCAAAGAACCACACGCACACGUGGAACCCGUGCAUUAAUA